AUGGCAAGAUACAUUUUAGAUGGAUUGAUAAAAGACAGAUGGUGCCGAGAUCAGGGAUGGGAUGGCAGAGAUCCUGUCUGUGAAGUGGUGAAAUGUAAGGCACCUCCAGCCAUAGUAAAUGGACAGCUUGAAGAGGGGCCUUUGGACAGUUAUGAUUAUUUACAGGCCGUGUCCUACAGAUGUAACAGUGGGUUUAGUCUUAUUGGAAAUUCAAUACUUCAUUGUUCUGAGGAUGGGACUUUUAAACCAGAUCCGCCAAAAUGUAUGGAUGGGUGUUUAAAGCCUGAAAUUUCACACGCAACUAGAAUCGGUGGAAGAUCACCCCCCUACAAACUGGGACACUUUAUAGAUUACAAAUGUGAUGAUGGCUUUACAAUGAAAGGAGACUUCCAUAUUGUGUGUGGAUCAACAGGAUGGAACCCUGAACCACCAAAGUGCAUUGCCCUACCUUCAACAACCACAACUGCCACGAUAGUAACAUCCAAGGCUCAACCUAAAGAUAAUGGUAUUGCACUCUUUGAAUCUAUACUCCAUUAUAACAUUUUUAGAUACACAUUUAUAUUCUCCAAAUGUCCCUGUUUUAAAGAGUUAACAACGUAAAAAUCCAGAAAGAGAGAGCUAAGAAACUUUCUGUAGUGGUGUCAAUAAUUGAGAAAAUAGUGGCCUAAAACUUUGGACUGUACAUUUUUAGAAAAGUCACAAUUUGAU